GUGGACCAGGGGUGCAAGACUAUGAACUUCGGAAACCAUUAGGGUUACUGCAGCAGGAUACUUAGCCCUAAAGCCUACAGCUGGCGCAUAAUCCCAACUCCUGCGGACGUGACAGCCCUGUUCUCUAACCGUGGUGACGAACUACACCUGAGCGGCAGGUGAACCCAGAAAAGAUUGAAACUCUGCAUGUACUGGACCCUGGAAAGUGCCAUUCCUGCUCCGGACACACCAGUCUACAGAUUUGGGAGUGUCAGACCAAUCCCUGCCGCAGGCAAACGUCUCUCCCCUGUCAUCUUCAAGACAUUUAUUAUCGAAACGAAGACAGAUUAAUUCUUCCCCGCCUCACAGGUCUGUGAUCGAUUUUUGUAUUUAUUAACUGAUCAGUAACAGCUCAUUUGAAGACCAUGCCUCACGCCACUGGAAGAGCAGACUUGCUAACGAAUGCCAGUAGCAUAUCCCUCCUAAAGUGUGGACAUUAGGCUUGUCAAUGGCAGCCUAAUUCCCAGAAUUUCCGCUCAUGAAUACAGAAUUUCUUUAUUUUGAUCACCGUCACCGUAAAUCAUUGGCCCUGAUGCUUAGCUAUACAGGACAUGGAGGUUUAAAUCAGCUGGGGGGAAGCUUUGUGAAUGGAAGACCGCUCCCCGAGGUAGUGAGGCAGCGAAUAGUUGAAAUGGCCCACCAGGGUGUGAGGCCCUGUGACAUUUCUCGCCAGCUGAGAGUGAGCCAUGGCUGCGUCAGCAAGAUCUUGGGCAGGUACUAUGAGACUGGUAGCAUAAGGCCAGGGGUCAUUGGUGGUUCCAAGCCAAAGGUUGCAACCCCCAAGGUGGUGGAAAAGAUUGGUGAAUACAAGAGGCAAAACCCCACCAUGUUUGCCUGGGAGAUUCGAGAUCGACUGCUAACUGAAGGAGUGUGUGACAAUGACACUGUCCCUAGUGUCAGCUCUAUCAAUAGAAUCAUACGGACCAAAGUCCAACAGCCAUUCAACCUUCCCGGUGAAAGCUGCCCAGUGACCAAGUCUGUAAGUCCUGGACAUAGCCUGAUACCAAGUUCAGCUGUAACUCCUCCUGAGUCGCCGCAGUCUGACUCCCUUGGCUCAACUUAUUCUAUCAAUGGCCUGCUGGGAAUUGCACACAACACCAAUGACACAAAGAGAAAGCAUGAGGACAGUGACCCAGAAAGCUGCAGGCUGAGCAUCGACUCACCAAACAGUGGAAGCAUGCCACGAAAACAGCUCCGCACUGAAGCAUUUAUACAACAGCACCUAGAUGGACUGGAAUGUCCUUUUGACAGGCAUCAUUAUCCAGAAUCUUACACAUCCCCCACCCACAGCAAGGCUGAUGAGACCAUCUAUCCUCUCUCUCUUAUAAACAGUGCAGUGGAUAGUAGGAAAGCCGUGCUGACGCCCUCCAGCACACCAGUUGGACGAAGUUUAUCCGGACAUGCUCAGGCAUAUUCUUCAGUAACAGAUCCCCAUGUCUCUUUCACUAUAAAGCAAGAGAUCCCUGAUGACACCUUCACUAACUCGGCCCCUUCCUCCUUAUCAAGCUCCGCCUUCCUAGAGGUACAGCCAAUAAGCACAGUGGUAUCUGUUAAUACCUCCAGAGCUCCAUUCAAUGUCGUGUCCCACCCUGCUGCCUCAGUAUAUGGCCAGUUCACAAGCCAAGCAAUUAUCUCAGGUCAUGAAGUAGUUGGCUCAACCCUUCCAGGAUACCCUCCUCACAUUCCUAACAGUGGCCAGGGAAGCUAUGCAUCUUCUGCCAUUGCAGGCAUGGUAGCAGGAAGUGAUUACGCUGGGAAUACCUACAGUCAUACUCCAUACUCUACUUAUAGUGAUGCCUGGAGGUUCUCCAACUCAGGGCUGCUUGCUGGCACUCCAUACUACUACAGUUCCACCUCACGAGCAACAGUAACACCUACAGCGUCAGCUGCGUAUGACCACAUCUGACUGUCUAGGACAGUAUAUAAGAAUAUGGACAGGCAAAACUUGUUGGGUGAUGAUGAUUAAAAAAAAAUCUCCCAGGCUGAUGGUAUAGACAAUGGAAAUAAAAUAAAAUAUAUAUUUAUAAAAAAGCAGAACAGUGUUCUACAGAGACAUUUUAAAUGAUACUAUUGUCUAUGGAAAUAUAAAAGUGACGACUUUGAAAAAAAUGAAGGAAAAACUAACCAAGCAGUGGAGAAAAAGAAAACUCCUCAGGCUGAAAGUUUAACUGACUAAACAACAAAAAUACAUCUGUUAAAAUUAUUGUCAGACAAACUGAACUCUAGACAACAUAUACAGAGUUUCAGUGAAAUGUAAUGAAGAUUGCUAAAGUUGACUAUUUGGAAACACUACCCCAUCAAACUUUACUUUCAAAAGAUAAUCUGAAGAAUGUUUGAGAAGGCAGCACAGUAAAGCAUCCCUGCUGCCCCAUGAAGAUUGCUAAAAAUAUCUUGAAUAAUCUUCCCUUAACUCUAUUUUCACUUAAUUCAUAUACAUUUCAUGCGGAUAAUUCUCUUCCCUGAAAUGGGUCCUACCCCUGCAAUGAAUAUGAAGAAACUGCUGUCAUACACAUUUCAUAAGGUUGCAUUUCUCCCCCAUAAUGGGCUUAUCUCCAUGAUAAUGUGGACUGCUGUAGAAAAUAAAGGGACUCCUUUUCUGUUUAUUGGGUGGGUGAUUCCUGCAGUCUAGCUUAUAUGUGCCAGUUGUGAGGCAUGCAUGAAUACGAGAGUUCUCACUUGUCUGAUGGCAGGCUUUCGGCACUCUACACUGACACUGCACACCAGGAUCCUACAGAUACCAUUUUGUUUAUGUGCCUUGUAACAGUCAGCCUCCAGAUGUUUCUUAAUAGGCACAGCAGAGCAGUCCAUGUUUCCUACUGUUGAAUAAGAAUUGUCUUUUUGUAACAGACUGAAAGUUUUGUGCAGCCAUUAUUCUGGGAUACCAGAGAUCAGGAGCAGGGGUGUAGUCAGAAAAUUCCAUUUUGUAUUCACAAGCACCUUUUACUAACAUCCCCCAACCCAACUGGAAUUUCAAAUAAAUGGACAUAUAUUUCAAAAUGUUGCCCUGUUGCAGUAUAUAAAUUUACACUUCAUUUUCAGUGGUCCCUCUAAAACUAUUAAAGAUAUUGUUUUUAGAUUUGCAAUCCUCUCUGUAAGCAAGUUAUGCCCUUGUUUGAGGCAUUAAUUUAGACAGUUGUAAAAAUAAUAUGGCCUGAAAAAAGUUACAAUGUUUCUGAGUGGUGCAAAGAAAAAAAUCAUACUCUGUAGAGUACAAACUGUAUGCCUGGCUACACCCUCGAUCACGAACAGUACUGGUAUCCUUUAAAGAAGUCUAUCAGCUAUACAAAUGUACGAGAGCAUCCUGCCUGCAGUUAGAACAGUCCUUAAAAAUUACUUUCCAAUGUUUUGGUUAUAUAUGUGAAUAUAUUUAUUUGCAUUUAUAUUUCAUGUCACAUCAAAUCCACAAAGAAUUGCCUAAACAGUCGGGAAAUCAACAGUCAAACUAGAUAAUGCAUUUGUAAAUAUAUGCAGAUUAAAUGAUUAGCAAAGCAAAUCCAAGUGUUUAAUAGUACCACUGGAAAUUGACAAUGUACCCUGUAUUAGUAAGGCCGAAGUAUCACUCUAAGGGGAGACUAGAGUUCUGCAUUCUACAGUUUUUGUGAUCAUACAUUUCGUGUCAGUGUCAGAUGUUAUGGAUAUGUAGCACUGUAGUGCCAUGCUGAGGUUUCCAGGAUGACGUAAAGGAGUUUGCUUGAGGCAGGACACCUUGAGUAGACAGUGUAAUGUAUGACAGGUAAAAAUUCAGAGAAUAUGAUCCCAUCUGCCAUAAGAGUUGGACAGUACAGGAAUAUUUUUCAGUUUUAAGUACAUACAAUGGAGAUAUGGUGUACUACCUCUGACUGAGAGUGCAAAGGGAUAUGGUGCAGUACAUUUAAGGUGAAAAUCCUUAUGUAUAUGGUGUAGCCUAUCAAAGAAUGGACACUAUGGAUGUAUUUGGAAGUCUGAAGUAGAAUUCUAUGAGGAUAUGAUAGAGUACAUAUAAUGUGGGAUUCCAGAGGGAUAGAGUGUACUUUAUCUGAUGAGGAUCUCUGAGGGAUGUUGGUCAUUACAUCUCAUGUGGAAUUCCAUUGGGUUAAGAUGCUCCAUAUCAAAACAUCAUAGAGCUGCAUUACAGUGUAUCUAUGGCAGGACUCCCAUAGGCUAUAUUAUAGUACCUCUGGUAAUGGUCUUCAAGUGUAUAUGAGGUACUGCAUCUAAGAGGGGAAGCACAUCAGAAAUCUGGUAUAGUGCACCUGAGGUAUGGUAUUAUUGCAAUAUGAUGCUGCACACUGUGACCUGCUAAUUAUAGUGUACUAAAUAUUAGGCUAGACGCCAUGGAGAUAUCAUAUAGUAAAGCUGAGGUGGUGCCGUAUAAGACCAUGUGACUGGCAAAUUACUAUAAUUUCUCCAGAAUUUCAUUUAAUUCAAAAACUUGGCUGGAUACUUUUUAACUUUCAAAAAGACCACCACCUACCAAUUAAAUAUAUUCAGUAUUUAUUUUUUAUUAUUCUUUCAUUCUCCAUUUACCUGAGAAAUCAAUUUUUGGGUAACAGCAGAGUUGGAGUUGAACCUGCACUCCCUGGCAAGGCAGACAAAGCAGUCCUUGGACAGAACAGAACUCUAUUACAAUAUAUACACACACUCACUCAAGUAUGACAUGCAAACAUAUGGACAAGGAUGAGGCUUGCAAGCUCAUCUACAGCAUACCCUUGGGAUGUUGGAGAUAGUUGUAGUGCACAGAAAAACCCAAACAGACACAGAAAGGAUGUGUGGACCUCCUACAGAAAGUACCACAGCUAAGAACUGAGCUGGAAAACUAGAUAUAUGAUCUACUACCUCUGAGGCACUAAGGUUAACCGUUCUUCCACUGUGCCUUUCUUUUUUCAGAAAGGAAAACAUGCUUAUGUUUUAGUUUCAGUGCAAUAAUUAUCCUGAAAUGAAGCCUGAAGAGUUAUUAUUGUUCAGGUAAAAUGAAGCGUGGGGGUAUGGUAUAAUGCAUCUUUGGAGGGAUGUUUAUGAGAUGGGACUCCAAAGUAAUGAAAGAUUGUUAAUCUGAAAUGAGUAUCAUGUGAAUGUACUGCAGUAAGGGUGGAAUGGACUUCUAUGGAUAUCCAGAACUGUAUGAAUGCUUGUAGUUUGUAAGAGCCUGCUACAUCGUUUGGUUUCAUGUAUCAUUAUCACCAUAUUGUCCCAGCAAAGACUGGAACUCUAUUGGGAUAUAUUUAUCGCACCAAAAAUGGACUCUAUUGUAAUGUAAAUAUUUAUGCCUGUUGUACUAUGCCAUGGUUUUAUGACACCAUGGAUCUCAGGCAUGAUCCAUUGCUAAUUUAAGCAUAUUCCAUGUUUUUUGAGAGAAUCCUCAUAGCAAUCUAUUUGAACCCAAAGUCAGACUUGAAGAUGAUCAACUACUUGGAUUCCCUCAAAGACACAUUCUUUUACAUUUCUUAGACAAUGCCUACAAUGACUGACUAAUGUUUUCUCUAAUGCUAAAGAUGUUUUUUUUAACCAGGGAUCUUGACAUCUGGAAUUUCACUUUACACAAUGUGCAGUGACCUUGGAGUUAAAAUAAUAAAGUUUGGAGGGUUAGGAAAUAGAGCACCUUCAUGGGGUAUAUAGGAUGUGAUUGUCUCACAAAAAAGAUGUUUUUCUUUUUCAUCUGUUGACGAGGAUUGUCAGCUUUUUGGGUACCAACAGAUCAAGGGUUGCUAAGCUAGUCUUCAGUCAAUGAACACGUUUCCAUAUCUAUGAUGAGACUCUGUAAUAAUACACUAAUAUUACGUGAGACUCUGUGAUGAAACAUGAUGAUAAUUUGAGGGAAGGACACUGUUAUGAUUCUGUUCUGUGCCAUGUAAAUUUGAGAUGGGACUCCAUGGUGAUGCACAGCUGCUGAUGUAUAGCUAAGGUGGUACUCCAUAGUGACUCAUGUCUAUAAUAGAUCAAAGGUGGAACUCCAUAGUGAACUAAAUUUGGAAAUGGCUUGGCACUAUUAAAGAGUAGGUGCAGGUUUGAAAGUAUCUGUAAUGACCUCAUGCUUUAUACUUAUAUUUAUGUCAAUAUUUGCCCAUGGCAAUUUCAUUAUGAACAUAAGAGUGGGCAAUCCAUAUUCUUCUCAUGUUACAAGUUAGACUUAUGACUUGAUGUUGACUUGGGCUUCAGGAUUAAGUGUCAUCUCAGCAGAUCAAAUUUUUAUGUGAGAAACAAAAAAGGUGAUUGAGCGCAAGAGAUCAGUGAUGUUAGGUCUCCUAGUAAGGAGAAGACAAACAAUUAGGACUGCUAGGUAAGGAAAAUUGCUUGAGUUGGAAUAAUGAGUGAGUAUCUUUACAGCUAUAUGGUAUGCAAAAACAUCAAACUGUCCUUGCCACUCUUAUUAUAGGAGAAUUGCACAAACACUAACAUGACAGGAGAAGGAAGACUACUACAACAACACAAUAUUUACAAAUUAAAACAAUCAUUAUGUUCUGCAGUCGAUUAGUCCUCUAAUAUCAUCUCUGUGUAAGAAACUACAAGGGAAGAGUUGUAUCCAUUCCACUGCUAUAGUUUUGGAUUUGUAUGAAUGUAAAACACAAAAUGCAACACUGCUCAUCAAGAUGUGUUUUUUAAAUAUUAUUUCUGUAAAUAAAUUAAUUCUGAAGAAAUAUUUUAAU